UUGGUAAAUCAAUCGAUGCUGUCCAACAUAAAUGCACAGUUUCUUCCUUGAAUUGCUGUACCUAGGCGACAUAUGUGGGUUUUUUUUACUACCCAGCAUCCGAAAAUCAUCGGAAUAAUGCCAUGCACUCUUAAAGCUCAAGGUGUAUGUUCUGUUACCAACGAAGAGCGCGCGAUUGAACAAGAAGCCGCUUUUGAUUCUUACGACUGGCACGCACCCUAACCACAUGCAGCGGCUAGUCUCCGUUGGAGACAAUGGAUGGCAUGUUCCUCGUGCAGGCUGCAUCGACCGCUUCGAAAUGGUGUGCCGCCACUUCAGAGGAAGAAAAGGGUGUUUCCAGGUGCUUUUCGGAGAUGACGAUCGUCCACAACAAUCUGUUAUAAAAAUCCUGCGUCACGUGGAGGCAUGCGGAAAAAUGGGAGGGGGUGAUAAAGCAAAAGAGGCACUUCCAGAUGGUUCAAGGACACUUGGGCGCUACAUUGCUGCCCGAUUGGUCGAAGUUGGUGUACGCGAUCUUUUCACUGUGCCCGGCGACUUCAAUUUGGUACUGCUCGAUCACUUGAUGGCCGAGCCUGGUCUUGAGCUCAUUGGGUGUUGCAAUGAAUUAAACGCGGGUUAUGCUGCUGAUGGGUAUGCACGUGCAAAUGGCGUAGGGGCUUGUGCCGUAACGUUUACUGUGGGAGGUUUGAGUGUGAUUAAUGCUAUAGCCGGCGCAUAUAGUGAAAAUCUUCCUGUUAUAUGCAUUAUCGGUGGUCCAAACUCUAAUGAUUAUGGAACGAAUCGAAUCCUCCACCAUACAAUUGGAGAGAUAGACUUCAGUCAGGAACACCGAUGUUUUCAACAAGUCACUUGUGCUCAGGUAGUAAUACAAUCUUUGGACGACGCACAUGAGCUCGUCGAUAGAGCAAUCUCUACUGCGAUUGGACAAAGCAAGCCUGUGUACGUGAGCGUCAGCUGCAAUCUUGCCGCUAUGCCCCACCCAUCCUUCAGAAGUGCCCCUCUUCCAUAUUCCAUGACCCAAGGUCCCGACCCCAGAAGGUUGUACGGAAUUGGAAAUUUAAAGACCAAUCAGUUGAGUCUUGAGGCGGCUGUAGAUGCAGUUAGUUCGCUCUUAGCAUCAGCUGUUAAGCCCGUCCUCGUAGGUGGCCCUAAACUUCGGGUUGCAAAAGCUUGUGACUCUUUCGAGCAGUUGGCUACGGCGUGUGGAUAUGCUGUGGCGGUCAUGCCUGCAGCGAAGGGCUUAUUUCCAGAAAGCCACCGUAAUUUUAUAGGCACGUACUGGGGUGCUGUAAGCUCGACUUUCACAGCUGAGAUCGUCGAAUCUGCUGACAAAUACCUGUUCGCUGGGCCAGUUUUCAACGAUUACAGUUCGGUGGGAUACUCUCUGCUGAUCAAAAAGGAGAACAUCAUCAGCUUGGAACCCGACCGAGUGAUGAUCGGAAAUGGGCCAUCCUUUGGGUGUGUGCUGAUGAAGGACUUUCUGGAAGUUCUUGCAAAGAAGAUAAAGAAAAACACAACUUCGUUUGAUAAUUAUUCGCGCAUGUAUGUACCUGUUAGUGUUCCUCCUAAGCAAAAGCCGGGAGAGCCUCUCAAAGCUGUUAAUCUCUUCAAGCACAUUCAGGCAAUGUUAACAAAAGAUUCUGCAGUCAUAGCUGAGACGGGAGAUGCAUGGUUCAACUGUCAGAAACUUAAACUACCAGAUGGAUGCUCGUACGAAUUUCAGAUGCAGUAUGGAUCAAUCGGCUGGGCAGUGGGAGCUACUUUUGGUUAUGCACAAGGUGCCAAACAGAGGCGCGUAAUAGCAUGCAUUGGCGACGGAAGUUUUCAAGUUACAGCACAAGAAGUCUCUUCGAUGAUUCGAAAUGGCCAGAAUUCUGUCAUAUUUUUGUUAAAUAAUGGCGGUUACACAAUUGAAGUUGAAAUUCACGAUGGCCCAUAUAACGUCAUUAAGAACUGGAACUACACAGCGUUGGUGGAGGCCUUUGCCAACGGUGAAGGUCGCUUAUGGACCUGCAAGGUGCGAACUGAGGAGGAUCUUGAGAAGGCUAUUGCCACAGUCCAUGAGAAGGACAGCCUUUGUUUCAUUGAAGUCAUACUUCACAGGGAUGACACUAGUAAGGAACUACUCGAAUGGGGCUCCCGUGUUGCCACUGCUAAUAGUCGGCCGCCGAAUCCUCAGUAAUUCGAUCAACGGAACAAGUGUUCAUAUUUGUCAAAUCUAGUAGGUAUUAGAGAAACAGGUUAGUUCUCAUGCACGUUGUUUUACAAAUUUCUGGCAUCAUUAGAGGCCCAACUUGGGAUUAAGCUUCUAUCACAUGCAGCAAAUUUAAAUCAAUUAUGGUCAUCAGAUUAAGUAUUAUAAAAACUAAAAAUAAAAAUUUGGUUAUUGAUUUAUUGUCGCAUCUUAUAUAACUUAGAAAAUAGAACACUUAGAGAAUAAAAUGUAUAAUAUAUUGUUAUGGAUGUAUUUCAAAAAUCUCAAAUCCGUAUUUGAUAAA